UUGUAUUAUGUCAUUUAUAAGUAAUUUAUGCAAAAUCUCACCCAUCCUAGGAGCAGAAAUCAGCAAACACCAUAUUCUACAGCUGCCCAAGUUUAAAACCGAGUCUGAGAUAAAUGUUCCUCUGCAAUGUUUAAUACUAACCAAGACACUGAAUGAUGAAAAGCAUCCUAUCUACUGGUUUAAACAUGACUCAGAAAAAUCUCACCUUGGAACUAUUUAUAUUCAAGGAAAUACAAAUGAUUCAUGCUUGGGAGACUCUGAAGCUGACUGUUAUUCACGAAAAUGUAUUUACAACCUAAAUCCAAAUAGGAACUCUAGCUGUCCUGAUUUUGAAACGUAUUAUUGUGCGCUAGCCAUGUGUGGGGAAGUUUUAUUUGGAAAUUUUUCUAAAAAUACUGCUGACAACAUUAAGAGUGUGAAUAUGCACCUAAUUUCCCAAAUCAGCCUCGCCAUACUCCUGGCAAUGGGUAUUGCUAUCAAUAUUCUGCUGUAUUGCAAGAGAAAUGACAGCAAAUUGAAGGAAAUACAGAAUACUGAUGCUUAUUAUGAUGGUGAUGAUGUGUCAAAAAAUAAGUCUGAGGAAAUGACUUAUACUGCAGUAAAGUUCUCGACCAAACACUCACGAGUGAAAAUGGAGACCAGCCCAGACAACACACUGUACUCUGGUUUGGCAUGUCAACAGCACAGCUUAAACUACUAUUAAAAUAAAUCAAAUAAAGUGUCUCUUUUAUUGCAUACGCCAAAUAUCCACAAUAGAGUUUUAGAAUAGUAAAUGACUCUAGGAGUAAAUAACUAAAAUAACAGCCUGUACUACCAACCUAAAACCUCAAGGUGGAAGCAGAGACCAGAAGUUAUAUUCAGCUUGAGGCUGUCACAUAUAAGUCAAAAUGUCUUGUUAAAGCAGUGGUUCUCAACUCCAGUCCAGUCUGUUCUGUGUCUCACAUUUAAGGACUCUUAUUUUGAAAUUUUGUCUGUGUCAUUCAUUUUUGUAAUUUUGAGUAGUUCUUUUGUUUAUUUGUCUAUGUGUUAGUUUGCUUGUUCUUAGUUUAGAUUAUGUUUGCCUGUUGCUUUACUUUACUUUAAGUUAAAUAAACACUGCACUUGGAUGCUCAAUCUCUGCCUGGCUGCUCACUACCCACAUUACAUAUAUUUUAUUUUGCACUACAUUAACUCAGUUUUGCACUGUUUUGUAAGGGUGAAUACACUAUUGUGGUUCAAGCUGUAGGAAUGCUG